AUGGCAGCAUUUUUCGAAAUCUGCCUACUCGGCAUCAUUUUCGCGCAGACGUUUUAUUAUUUCACCAGAUGUUUCAGAGACGCUGUGACACUCAGGUAGGUGGCGCUUUUCGGUUGUCAGAAUUCUAAAUACCAUCUUGGAAGGCUCCAUUUCUCAACUCUUCCUGGAUAAAUUUACACAGAGCACUAGUAGGUAUCGCAGUCUGCUCGAUGUGUGUCAAAGGUGUCCUCGACGUGUGGACCGUGUGGUGCCAUGUGAGACCGCACUGUUUCUUUUCCGUUUGUCUUUAAGACGCCACUAACUGAAGGGAAGUCUCCAUCCCAGCUUAUCUACCUUGAGCUUCGCGUUACUCGACCCACUAUCCCAUGGGAAAUCCUCGUCGCGAUCCCGCUCGGCCAGGUUCCCAUCCUGACGUCACAAGCGUACCUUUGUUUUCGAGUCUGGGUGGUGCGUGCAUCACGACCUCCUACCAAUGGGACCAAAAUGAUGGUGACCUGCUUCAAAGGACAUGCAGGCUUCAGGACGGAAGAAAUUGCCGGUCGCGAUAGGGGCGCUCGCGUCGUUGUCAUCGACAGCAUUUUUUUGCGUUUACGUCGUUUCUCGAAGUGAGUGGACUCUCUGAUUGCGAAGACCUUUACAUCCUGGGACUGACACAUUCGCUGGGCGGAGCAUGAAUUCGUAGUCAUCCACGAGAGUAGUGACGACGACUCGGUACCGAUCUGGAUCCCGCCUUGGGCGUUCGGUACCGGUGUAUGUUUCCCCCUCCUUUGUCGGGCUCAGCUGGGGCGUGGAUCACGUGCUAAUGAUUUAACACAUGUAGGUUACAGAUGUCUACCUCUCCCUCACGUUCGUGUACUACGUUUUAUACACAAGGCAGCAGCCCGUAUGCAACCGGUGAGGCAUAAUCGCUGCAACACUUGUCCAACCACUCGACAGGGGCUGACCACGGCAUGAGCCGGUGUAAUUCAUCAGCCUCGAUUACAUGCUGUUCCGUCUGGCAUCUCUCGUGGUCACAAGCUGCUUACCGCCAGCACUCAUCUCGCUUGUUAUGGCAAUCUUGGAGGUCACAGCUUCAACUGGCACGGUACGUUGGCUCGGUUUCGGAGACGAAAAAUGUCCAGGACUUCCGCGCUCCCCGAUUGCUAAUUUUGCGCGGCUUGUCCUCGGCAUACGUAGGCCUGCUGGGUCUUCUUCACGGUGAUCAUAGGAGGUAUUUAUAUGGUCUGCAUUCUUUAUUCUCGUGAGUCAAUCAUGCUUGCCUGAGUGAGAUUUCGUCUGCUCACAUGCUUUCGUCGUCCCCCUUGUCACAGUCAACUCUCGUCGACAGAUCCUCGAGGAGGCAUACGCUCGUCGUUCGGGAAAGGUUGUGCCGUCGUCAAAUACGCGCCCUUCCGGAGGACCUCGUCGAGAGCCUACUCGCUAUAUCUAG